AGUGAGACGCUUCUGUGUUGAGCAGCAACGACAGUUUAGGACGGCGGGAGGGGAGGGAGCAGUUUGUUUUGACAAUAAGCCCCGUUUGCGUAAGGAGCUCCAGCCGGCGAAUCGCAUCAAUUCGCCCGGAGGGUCAUCGUCAGCGGCGACACCCUCUGCUCCGUCAGCCUGAACCGUUUAGAAAAUGACCGGAGAGAAGCUCCGCUCCCUGCGUAAGGACCAGAGGCCGAGCAAGGACGAGGAUCUGCUGGAACCGGAGGAGGAAGCUGCCACCAGGACCUUCGCUGUCCCCAAGGCGAAUAACAAGAGCAGGGCGAGUAAAAUAUUCAGCAACCACAAGUUAAUCAAGUCACCGUCCACACAGUCGCAGAAUAAUGGCAACACCAAUAACACUCUGGCAGCAUCGGAUGUUAUUGAUGACAACAACAAAAACCCGAUCAUCAAACCGGGACUGGACUUUCCGGUGCACGAGUGUGUCUUUAAAGGAGAUGUCCGACGGCUGUCCUCGCUCAUCCGGACACAGAAUAUUGCCCAGAAGGACGUCCAUGGAAACACACCAUUACACCUCGCUGUCAUGAUGGGACACAAAGAAUGUGCCCAUUUGUUACUGGCUCACAAUGCACCCGUGAAGGUGAAGAAUGCUCAGGGAUGGAGCCCCCUUGCAGAGGCCAUUAGCUACGGAGAUCGACAAAUGAUCACAGCAUUGCUAAGGAAGUUGAAGCAGCAGUCCAGGGAGAGUGUAGAAGACAAGAGGCCCAAACUGCUGAAAGCCCUCAAAGAGCUUGGAGACUUUUACCUGGAGCUUCACUGGGACUUCCAGAGUUGGGUGCCUUUGCUGUCCAGAAUCCUCCCAUCAGAUGCGUGUAAGAUUUACAAGCAUGGCAUCAACAUCAGGUUGGAUACAACCCUGAUAGACUUUACUGAUAUGAAAUGCCAGCGGGGAGACCUCAGUUUCAUCUUCAACGGCAAUGCUAUUCCCUCUGAGUCAUUUGUUGUUCUGGACAAUGAACAGAAGGUCUACCAGCGGAUACACCAUGAGGAGUCGGAGAUGGAGACCGAAGAGGAGGUGGACAUUUUGAUGAGCAGUGACGUUUAUUCUGCCACACUUUCCACCAAGUCCAUCACUUUCUCCAGGGCACAGACUGGAUGGCUUUUCAGAGAGGACAAGACGGAGCGCGUGGGAAACUUCUUGGCAGAUUUCUAUUCUGUGAACGGCCUGGUGCUGGAGUCCAGAAAGAGACGAGAGCAUCUGAGUGAGGAGGACAUCUUGAGGAAUAAAGCUAUUAUGGAGAGUCUGAGCAAAGGAGGAAACCUCAUUGAGCAGAACUUUGAGCCAAUGAGAAGGCAGUCUUUAACCCCCCCAUUACCCAACACUAUUUCCUGGGAGGAAUACAUCACUGCAGACAAUGGAAGAGCACCUCAUUUAGGAAGGGAGCUGGUCUGUAAAGAGAGCAAGAAAAACUUCAAAGCCACGAUAGCCAUGAGUCAAGACUUCCCUCUGGGCAUUGAAUCGUUACUGAAUGUCCUGGAGGUGAUUGCACCCUUCAAGCACUUUAAUAAACUCAGGGAGUUUGUUCAGAUGAAGCUCCCCCCUGGCUUUCCUGUCAAACUCGACAUCCCUGUCUUUCCUACUAUUACAGCCACGGUCACGUUUCAGGAGUUUCGCUACGACGAGUUCGAUGAAUCCAUUUUUACCAUUCCCACUGACUACAAAGAAGACCCAAGCCGCUUCCCUGACCUUUAACCUCUCGCCUUGGUUUUUAAUCCUACAAAACACACCUUUUAUGAAUGGAAACCCCUGUCACAUGCUCAGACUCUGAACACAGACUGUACAGCAGCAGGAUGAGAAGACACACAGGAUCAACUCUGCAGAGGAGUUGACCUCAGUCGAGAUGAACAUAAGCUGAGGCGUUGCGGAUUCUUACUCUAACCUCCAAAUCUGACACAGCGCAGCAGGAAGUGUAGGUAACUGAGAUUUUUCAUCAAAGGGCAUUGAAGUGAAAAAAAUGGCAGCAGAGUGGGGGGUUUAUUUAUAUGAGGUAAGAGUAGAAUAAAGAACUACCAGUUCAGUUGACCUUUUGUAUUUAAGUCUGUGUUGUUUUUAAAGGGAUUGUGUCUAACUGACAUGUAGUGAUGCACUGAUAAUACUGUGUGAGAUGCUUUUAUGGGAAGUCUGCUCAGAGUUCAUUUUGGGUUCUUUAGCUAUUUGAGCACAGUGGACAAAACCAUCUCAAAAUGCAAAAACCUUUCAAGUUUUUUCUAUUUACUGCCAAUACAAAGAGUAAAAUCAUAUACUGCUGAUACCAGAUAUUUAUAUACAUUAAAAAAAGACACAUUUUUGUCACUGACACGUUCUUGUUUUAAAUCUUCUAGGAUUACCGAAAUUAUUUCUGCAGUUUUGGGUGUGUUUUUUUCUUUUGUUUUUUUUUUUUUUUCCUUCCAAAAAGUUUCCAUUUAUUUCCUUAGUAUUUAAACUGUAUGACUUGAGUUAAGCUGGUUUAAAUAUGUUGGUGUCUUGCUCACAGGUGAUUGUAGGACAGAAUGGAAAAUGGUCCAUUUGUUCUAGGAUUUACACGCACAUUUCAAACCAAAACACAUACUUGUGUAAGUGUGUAAUUCCCUUUCCAAUAUCUUGGCCAAGUUCAUUUGAUUUUUCCGUGAUAUCACACAACAUGGGAUUAGUUUGAGGUGUUGACAUAAAAUACAUUCACAAGUGAACAGUCAGUUAACUAUUAAAAGCCUACAAAAGCAUCACCUGGGCUAACCAAAAUUAUUAAAAAGGAAUUGUAAUAUGUAAAUGAUGAAAGUAAUCAAAAUUCAUUCAAUCAAUUUUAUUUGUAUAGCACAUUUCAGCAACAAGGUGGUUCAAAGUGCUUUGUUUCAUAAAAACACAAAAAGUCAUAGAAACAAUGUAACCACUAAUUGAGGGACCAGUAACAACAUUACAUUUUGUUGAUUUGAUUUAAAGGAACUCAGUGUUUCAGCUGUUUGGCGCUUUUCUGGACAUUUGUGCAAAACAGCACAAAUGUUUUGUUCCAGAUUUGUGUGCUAAGCUGUUUUCUUACUAUUCUGGUAUUUAGCAAAUAGAAAUAUUUUUGCUGUCCUAACUGAUUUAAAACAGAUAAAUUUUUUCGUCUUUUCAUACAGUGUAUGUAAAUGUCUGGUUUCCACCUUAAAAUUAUUGUAAUGCUUAAUGAAUUACUUCCACCAAUCACUGAUAACACAUUUACUGGAUCAAAAGACAUGCAAUGACAAAUGUACAUUUGGGAAAAUAAGUUCUUUUUUUUCCCCUUUUUUUAGAUCAAAAUCAGCUUUUUAAAAAAAAUUAUUCCUCCUUUGCACAUAGCAAAAAUGUGUAAUUGUUUGUGUUGAGCAAACAUUUUCACAAGCAUGGAGUCGUAUCACUCUACUUGGUCACUUUUAGACUCUCUAGGACAGCCCUUCAGUUUAAAGACUCUUGUUUUGUGAUGUCAAACUUUCAAUUGAGCUUCCGAAAGAUCAAAGUUGCAGCUGCAGAUCUUCGCGGUACAUCAGUCUCAAUAAGCAGCAGUGAGUCUUAAGUUGUGCUAAUUAAACCUUUUGUUUUUUAUUUCAUGUUUUAAUCUGAGUAGCAAAUCUGUUCAAACAGAUUGUAAAUGGACAACACAGAUUUUAAGGUUUUAACUAUUGCAGCAUACAUACAGAGUUAACACAUAGAGCCAGGGCUUUUCCUCUGUGCAGUAUAUUUGUUGGGUUUUGGGUGUUGGUUUGUCUUUUUUAAUUCUUUGAACUGACAAGAGAGUAAUUUCAUUUUUGAUGUAGCAUCCGGGGUUAUCUCAAAGUCUUUUUGGUUUGUAAGUUGUGGUACAUUUUUCUACGUACAUUUGUUUAAAUGAGCAGUAAUCUCUGAAUUGUUUGAUCAUCUUUUUCUUCAGUAAUGCACCUCUCUGAUAUGUUUGGAAGAAUUUAUUUGAGGUUGUGUUUAAAAAAAACAAGCACAAAACACCUGCAAAGAUUUCGUCUGAAAAGAUGAAACAAAGAAACUGACCUGUUAUUGUUCAUAAAAACCGGCGACUGCAGGAUAUUCCUGUUGUACAGGUGGAUCAGUCUUUCAGCAAAUAUUGCUUUUAUUUAGUUCCAGUUUUCUUUGUUUCAUGAUGUUCCAAACUACUUUAGGUUCAGCUAGUGGAGGUGUGUCUCUUCUUCCAUUUCUGUGUUUUAUUAAUUUCCUGGAUCCACUUGUUCCAAUUUUAAAUGUUUUCUAUAGGCAUUUCUCCAUUAAACUUCAUGUCAGUUGUACAGCGAAAAACUGUUGUAUAAGUCAGCAACACUAUUUUCAUAUAAAAUAUACUAAAAAAUAAAAAUUCCUCAUAUCUGUCUGGA